AUGCAGGCUGCCCAGUGGACGGAAAACUUGCUUCGACGAGCAGCGUGCGUAUUGCAAUUUCAGUUUAAAUCACAUACCAAGAAAUCAUAUUUCUUGUCUUCGAAUAAAAAGAAGUGUUCUUUCUGAGAUUUGAUGGGCUUUCUGACUUAUUGCUUAACUAAACUACAUGUUGUAUCUUCUCUUCUAGAUGUGGUGUCCAGUACUGAAUUAGUUUCCGUCUUUACAAAAGAAGUCCUCGAAAAAGAAAAAAUUGUUCACAUUCUGCUCUUUAGUGGGGGCAUUCGGGUAAAUAUUAUAAUAUUGAAAACAUAUCAUCAUAAGUGCAUUGCGAGAAGGACGUUUUCAAUUGUCAUUAUUAAUUAGAACUAAUGUUUUAAUGUGAAAUAUAUUGGAGGUUGCUUGCAUCUUUAGCAUAUUCCGCAUGAAGUUGUCAAAUGUGUUGAAUAAGACACGAGCGGUAAUUGCCAUUCUGCGUUUCAUUAUUUUAUCGCUCAUGAUAACAGCCUCAUAGUUCAGACAUCGGUCGAGUUUAAACAAUGAAAAGGGCAUCAGUUUACUUAAAUUCGACAUUAAUUUGUCAACGAGGCGGUAGCACAUGUGCCCCCAUAUAAAUUAACAUGGAUCAUACGUGCAAGCCGCGGCGUUCUCAAAUAAUGACCUCUGCAAAUGUCGCUUAGUGCUUAGCUGAUGUAAUCCACAUCUAGUCUACAUGCCUCCGUCUUAGCAAAAGAACAUUUAUAUGUGGAAAAGGCGCUUUUACAAAACCGCUGUGCUGAUUACUUUUCAGAAUGUAAGCUUCUUGGAAAAUAUGUCGCCAGAGAAACAACAUUUCCGUAUGAUAUCUCGUUUGGGAACACAGGUAGGUGUUAGUUUACAUCAUUGUGCUAGUUUUUACAGGAUAUCUUAACCGUAUCUAUUUUCCGUUCAGCAGUGCGCACCAUUCCAGUUGUACUCUUUACUGGGCAUUUGGAGACGAAGCCUCGACUACUGAAAAUUAAGUUUACGACCGGCAGAGAGGACCAGAUUACAAUUACUCCCUCCAAUAAAGCCGAGGCGACGGUGCCAAUGCUGACGUUCAUCGACUAUGUCAACGCCUUCAGGUUGAAGUAGAAGAGCCCUCAGGUGGUGCAUGCAAUUUUGGUCAUGGUUUAAGGUCAAAGUGUGGUUCUUGGUAGUAUGUAAUUUCAAAUACAUGGUGUCUGCUUUUGACUUCGAGUAUUCUGCCUUGUUUGUCAAAUGUGCCCCUAAGGUAUUUUAGAUACGUAAAUCAUGUUCAUGCCCACCUUAAAUGGAACACGGACACGAAUGGUUAUCUGAAUACACACCACCCUAGAGAGAGGCGAGGUCGUUUAACAGGGAGGCAUGAAAGUCACCAGAUAGAAGUGGUUUCUUUUGUUCAGAAACUUCGCUGCUCUCUUACUAAGAAAUGCGCGCUAUCUAAGUCAGCAAGGAGUGCGCCUGGUUGAGUUAGGAUACUACAGCGUGUUUUCCGUCGAUGUGCGCACACGUUUAAAGUCACAGGGCGUAGAUGUGUGUACCCUUUUGUGUGUGUGCUGGCACUUAAGGUGGUCGACAGACACAAAUUCGUGAGAACGCGCAUCUCAGGUCAGAAAGCCGGAGACUCGCGUAGCUAAUUAGUCCCCCAAGAAGCUCGCGACCCAUGCGAUUGUCAGCUCUAGUGAGAACUACAACCUCUAAUUAAUAGCACUCCUGCCGUAUUUCCAGCCUUUUCGCGUUUUCCCCGACACACUUUUCUUUUCUGCAAUCAUUCCAGUUCGGUUAAACAGCCCCUGGCUUUUCUUGCCAUGACAGUGGAUCUCCUGGCCUCAGUAUCUGACGCCUGAUGGUUCCUUCUGAUUUGAAUACAACUCCAAACUCAAGUGAGAUGAGGAGGAGUUUUUCGGCUUCUAAAAUAUCCUUAAUACACGGAGGUUACCAAUAAGAAGCUAAAUGAAAAGCAGAUGAACAUUCGACUGUGAUAAAAGCGUAAUACGUACGAAACAGCCCCAGACCAAUCAACCGUCCUAAAACAAAAAGAGGCACGAUGGCCGUUGCAAUCGUCAACCAUAAUGGUUUGCGAAUGAGCUUCCGGGUCCUUCAUGGCCACUUCACGUACUGACAUAUAGCAUGAUCAUACCAAAUCUGGGUCGUUCUGCAAAUUGCGAAACAAUAAUCCACGUGGAAUGUAAUGUUAAAAUCGUAGUGUGUUAGAACAUAAAAGGCGUCCGAUUUGUCGAUUUUUUUGGUAAUUGCAACUUCCAAGUACAGUGCGCGGCACAAUUUACGAUUCUCCAUGGGAAAGGAGGUUUUUCCUGCGAUUUGUAUUGCUAUGUGUUGUGGAAUGUGGAAUUAUUUUUUCUUACCCGCAGUAUAUGUGCAUUAGGCGGCAUACUUUGUUGCUUAAUGUUAAAUGGCUCGCAUAAGCUGCGGGCCUAAAUGAUUUCGUUCAGUUGCGCGCAAGGAAUGAAAUUGAAAUACAGUCGGCGGUAGUACGAGUCAACGUCGCUUGUCUCCUCUUCUGGAGGCUCCCUGUUGCAGUGGUUGCAUAAAUUGAAGGAGCUGCUAAACGCGAACUUGUGAGAGAUUUCCGGCAGAAUAAACUCUUGGUGCUACUGCUUGUCUUUGCUUGUCCGGUAAGUGUAUACAGCCAUCGGAUGUAGACACAUUGCAUAUUGACAUGGAGAUUUGGACUCAUUUAAAAAAACUUCGUUAAGGCCACUACAUGACUACCGUCAAAACUCUAUGCCAAAACGUGUUACGUAUCGCAUGUCAAGUUUAUUAGCCUGAUGCUUGAAGUUGUGUUGUAAAACUAAUCAUGGCUUGAUGCUUUGAAUUCCCACUCGAACCCACCAUCAGAGAUAGUCGUAGAUAUAGGAAGUGGAGGCAUGUUGACUGCCUUCCCAGUCCACUUGAAGUUAGUAUUGCACUGAGGUCGGAAGCGACCAUCAGACGCUAAUUCAUGAGGAUGAAUGACCCACUGCCACAGCAGAACACGUCUGGAGACGUUUACCGAAUGGUUCUGCACGCAGCAGCGGUGAGGUAGCAGGCUAUUCCACGGAACCCGAUCAAAUUUUCCAAGUUCAAGAGGCCGAAAUCCUCUCAUGAACUGAAAACCGCGUGAGCCGCGAGAUGUUCGAAUCGUGGCUCUCAGGCCCAAUGACCUCCCCGCAACAUAUGCAGAGCCGAGACAUACCCUGAGCAAGGGAAUCCAUUACGUGGAGAGGGCGCGGGUGCUCAAAUAUCCUGGUGACAGCAGGAGGGAUUGCUGACUGAUCAUUACGUCAACAUCCAACACGGAUGACAAAAUUGCGGCAAUUACUGACUGGGACGUGGACUGACGAGCCAUCAUCGCCUUAAUUACGAUGCAGCGGCACGGCAGUAAGAAUGUGUGUAGUCUGUAUACACAACACGGAGUUGUCGUCUUAGGCGGCAGUGGUUACUGGCGAAGUCAGGGCUUGUGUUGCCUACGUACAGUCGAUGUGCUAACUCAUGAAAUGUCAACCAAAUUUUCGAAAUGAGUUCUCGUUUUGAAAAGACAAAUUAAGUAGUGUUGUAAAACUAAUUACGAUGCAGCAUAAAUCUAUAAUGAUCCAGUUACCUCAGAGUGUCGGCUAUCGAAAGAAUUUAUUUUCGGCUGCAUGCGAGAUCGAUACUCUGCAAAAAGUGACGAAAUAUGUAGUACGCACAUUUCUCAUUGAUUUUCGAUGCCCUUAAAAAUUCAAUUAUAUUUCCUGGAAAACAUCGCACAAUAAGAAACUUGUUGAAAACCGAAUUAUAUUGUUUGAGCAUGGAAUUAGAAGAAGACGUGAUUUUCUACCGAAUAAGUAAAAGAAUUAAUAUUUGUAUGCAGGUUUUCCAUGAAAUAUAAUUGAAUAUUUAAGGGCAUCGAAAAUCAAUGAGAAAAUUGCAUGCUACGCAUUUGCUUUCACGGGAUGCCUAGGUAUACAUUUGAUUUUUUUUGCAAUAGACCAUGGAAAAGCAGAGCACGCGAUCAAAGUGCGGUGGAAUAACGUCAGAUCUAAAUUUUUGCCUCAUUCAAAGGGACCUGCCCACACAAUAAAGUUUGACAAGGUCGAGCUGCUUGUGAUGGGCGUUGAUCGCAUCUUCUAUGAACUAAUCCAGUCAUAA